CUUCCUCAACACGCGCGCCGCCUCUUUCUCCUCAAGUUCAACAUUCUGCGCUUCGAGCUCUCCAGUUCCGGAUGAAGUCGAGAUCUUCUCCGCGACAUUCUCGGCCCGUUGGUGCUCGGUGGAGAGCUUGCCGUGAUCGAAUUCCGUCGCCAUGGUGUGAACGUCGUACCGCGUCGUCUCUCAAAGCAAAGGCGAUGCGAGAUGGCAAGAAGGGCUGGCAGGACAAUGCACGACUUCAACUCCAUGGGCAACCCCUACCCUUUAAAGCAUCUCGGUAGAAUGCAAAGCCCGACAUCAUUCAUCUCAACGGCAUACCUUCUUCGGCAGCAUUACCCACUUAUCAUGCAUGCCUUGCCGUCCCCUCAGCGCAAUCCACGCUCCUGUGUGGAGGCGGGUAGAAAGCAUCUUGGCUUCUGGGGUAGCAAGCGGCGCUUUUGCGGGGUAGUCUGGAGGGAUCAUCAUGCGCGGCGUCGGCACGUGCUGCACGAUCUGCAUGUCGCUGUGACGUAUGGUUCGACCAUCUGUCAACCGGCACAGCGUUUACUGGAGAUGUGCAGGGGCGCAUUUGCCGAUCUCAGAAGCCGCGGUGUCGGUGUGGACUCCAGGGCUUUGUUGAAGGGCCGGUGGUGGUUUUCGAUGCGAGGUGCGUGCUGGGCGGUUGUCGGAUGGGUGCUGUCGGCGAUAGACCGAGGAAAAAGAAAGUCCGCAUUAGUCUACCACGAAGGAGCUCGUCUUUGCAAGACUCCCCCAGGUACUAUAUACAUGGUGUUUCGCGAUACAGGCCCACAACUCGGUGUCAGCCUUGAGAAUGCUGUCUUCGUUAGAUGGGCCGUGGAUGAAUAUAGGAAGGCUGGCCGAGGACAUGUUUCCAGCAAACCUUCACACGCACAGACACCGGCCCCCAGAAUCGCACUCCAAUUGUCAUCAUUCUUGCUCUUCAAAAGAGGACUCCAAAACAUCCACCAACAUCUUUGACAAUCCAUUGUCACACGAAGCUUCGCGCCUGUUGUUGAACUUCAAAACGUUGUAUCUAUUGUGAUAGACGUGGUAUAUAAUCUGCAGACAAAGUCCCAUAAAGGCUUUUAGCCGUUCCCGAAAUCGCCAAAACGCCA